AUGGCGCCUUCAUUUGCUGGCAUGUCGGGGAAGCCCCUGUCCCUGACUGUGUCCACCGUUGCUACCAUGGGUUUCUUGCUGUUCGGUUAUGACCAGGGUGUCAUGUCCGGUAUUAUCAGUGACGAGGCUUUCAACAACGUGUUCACUGCUACCAAGGAUGAUUCGGUUAUGCAGGCCCUUGUCACGGCCGUCUACGAGCUCGGAUGUUUGGUUGGUGCACUGUUCGCCUUGGUGUACGGUGACUCGACCGGUCGUCGCCUGAUGAUCUUGUCUGGUGCCGUUGUUAUGAUCAUUGGUGUCAUCAUCCAGGUCACUUCCUUCCAGGACCACAUCCCCCUUCUUCAGUUCUUCAUCGGUCGUGUUAUCACUGGUAUCGGUAACGGAAUGAACACUUCCACCAUCCCGACCUACCAGGCCGAGUGCUCCCGUACCAGCAACCGUGGUCUGCUCAUCUGUAUCGAAGGUGGUGUGAUUGCCAUCGGUACUGCGAUUGCCUACUGGAUCGAUUUCGGUGCUCACUACGGCCCCGAUGACCUCGUCUGGCGAUUCCCCAUCGCUUUCCAGAUCAUCUUCGGUAUCAUCAUUAUCGUCGGAAUGUACUACCUUCCCGACUCGCCCCGUUACCUGAUCUCCAAGGACCGUAUCCAGGAGGGUGAAUAUGUUCUUGCCGCCCUUGGUGGCUGGGAGGUGGACAGCCACGAGACCCAGAUGCAGAAGACUCUUGUCAUCGACUCGAUCAGAGCUUCCGGUGCCGCCGAGAAGACUAAGUUCAGUGAUUUGCUUACUGGUGGACGCUCCCAGCACCUUCGCAGAAUGCUUGUCGGUUCUUCUUCCCAGAUCUUCCAGCAGCUUUCUGGUUGCAACGCUGUCAUCUACUACCUCCCCGUGCUGCUCAAGGAUAUCGGUCAGGACGAUGACAUGUCUCUGCUGAUCGGUGGUAUCAACAUGAUUGUGUACGCCAUCUUCGCCACUUUCUCCUGGUUCUUCAUUGAGAAGAUCGGUCGCCGCAAGCUCUUCCUGGGUGGCUCUUUCGUCCAGGCUAUUGCCAUGGUUAUUACCUUCGCCUGCUUGAUCCCCGGUGACAACGAGACUGCUAAGGGUGCCGUGUUCGGUCUCUUCCUGUACAUGGCUGCCUUCGGUGCCGCUUGGCUGCCUCUGCCUUGGUUGUACCCUGCCGAGCUGUCCCCCAUCAAGACCCGUGCCAAGGCCAACGCCGUCUCGACCUGCAGCAACUGGCUGUUCAACUUCGCUGUCGUCAUGUGGACUCCUCCUAUGAUCGCUUCUAUUAGCUGGGGUACUUACCUCUUCUUCGCUGCCCUGAACGCUCUGUUCAUUCCUGUCGUCUACUUCUUUUACCCCGAGACCGCCAACCGAUCCCUGGAAGAGAUCGAUAUCAUCUUCGCCAAGGGAUACACCGAGAACAUCAGCUAUGUCACCGCCGCUCACCAGCUGCCCAAGCUCUCCGACGAGGAGAUCGAGGCCAAGGCCAACGAGUACGGCUUCGGUGCCGGUCACGCCGAGGACCCCGAGAAGGCUGCUGCCGAUUACUCUCCUUCCGAGUAA